AUGUUUCCAUGUAAUACCGUUGAAUUUUUAAGGAAUCCAACAGCUUGGAUAAAGAACAUGAAUUAUACACCUUAUGGAGAUAUUUAUGAUGACGUCGUUAGAUCGAGAAGUAUGCCAUUACUACGUCGUCAUACACUUCAUCCAAACCUCAUUUUGAGCGAUGCUCAAAAAGAAUUAUCAGACACUUCACGUUGGAUUAAACUUGAACCCGCUGAUGUUGUUGCAGAAUGUAUUGGGUAUGAUAUGGAAAACGCAUCAACAAAGCAUCAGAUCAGUGAGUUAGAAGACUUUACAAAAAAGGCUUUGGAGGGAGUUGAUUCUACAAAUGUCGAAAUGAAAACUAGACGGCCAUCGCAGGCAAUAUCCAUACAAGAAAUAAUGGAUGUUCAUCAGGCAUUAAAAAGUGGUGUUGAAAUUGUUGUUGGAGACGACCCCUGGGAUUCAAAGAUAAUUUCGUCAAAUUCUAUCAGUUCUACAUCACCAUCUGACCAAAAUUUACCUGUGACACAAUCUUUUAUACCCUCGUCGAACGUACAAGCUAGUGUCGCAUUUCUCCAACGUGAAAUAAUGUUACUUAGGAAUGAAUUAAAUUUUGAACUUUAUCUUAAACAACAGCACCUCCAACACAUUGGCCGUCUUCAUCGUGAUCAUGUGUUGGAUAUUAGCGCUGAAGCCGAGCGUCAAAAUUUAUACAACGCAUGUAAAAACUUAAAACUGCAAUUAGAGAAAACCCAAUCAGCUUUUAAUAGACAGAGAGAUGAGAAUGCAAGCAUAAAGAAAAAGCAUGUUCAAUGGGAAGAUGAAUUAAACGCUAAGUUGAAAAAAUAUAGAGAGGAAAAGAAAGAAUGGAAAACAGAAUUAGACAAAGUUGAAGAGCAAUUGAGGGAAGCCAAG